AUGUCGAAUUUAAAUCCUGGGUUAAGUGAACGAUUUCUCAACCUGAAAGACAAGCGCCCCAUUGAGGUAUGGGAGGAAUUAUGGCAGGAAGAAAAGACCCCUUGGGAUAGAGGGGUACACAAUCCAGCUCUGGAAGACGCCCUAGAAGAAAAGUCCGACAUUUUAGGGAAUGCUAUUAUAAAGAUUGAAGGCGGAGGAAAAAGGCGGAAAAAGGCUCUUGUGCCUGGGUGUGGUAGAGGCGUAGACUGCUUUCUACUUGCAUCAUUUGGAUAUGACGCCUAUGGUCUGGAAUAUAGCACCACGGCCCUGGAGGAGUGCCAGAAGGAGGCAGAAAAGUAUGGAGACUUAGUGAAGCCAAGAGACGAAGAAAUCGGAAGUGGAAAGGUCGCGUUCUUGCAGGGAGAUUUCUUCAAGAGCGAUUGGGUAGAGAAAGCUGGGUUGGAAGAAAGUUGUUUUGAUCUCAUUUAUGACUAUACUUUUUUCUGCGCUCUCAACCCUCUCUUGCGCCCAGGAUGGGCGCUCCGACACUCGCAACUCCUUGGACGAUCCCCAAAAGGCUAUCUGAUAUGCCUUGAGUUUCCAACAACGAAGGAUCCCACUUUAGGAGGUCCGCCAUUUGCCUCCACCCCAGAAGCGUAUCUAGAACACUUGAGCAAACCUGGCGAAGAUAUCCCAUACGACGACAAGGGCAAUGUUCAGGCCGGUUUGUCCAACAAAACGGGAGAUAACGGCUUGGUUCGUGUGGCACAUUGGCAUCCAGAGCGGACUCAUGAAGUCGGCAAGGAUUCUGAUGGUACCGUAAGGGAUUGGGUCUCUAUAUGGUGCCACAAGUGA